AUGAACUGAUCCAGACCCUGUGAUCAUCAUCACCUGAGGCCCUUCUUCGUGUGCCCUUUCCACAAGAGGUCUGGAGGGCGGCAACACAAUAAACGGGCCUUUUCUAUGGUGGCUCCCCACUUGUGGAAUUCUCUCUCUGGUGAGGCUUGCCUCGCACCUUCAUUACUUUAGGAAAAUGUCAGCUGCUGACGACUUCUCGCUGGCGGAUGCUCUCCCGGACACGUCUCCUGCCAAGAACGCCUCCUUGGGCAACACGAAACCUGCUCAGCAACCUGGCCAGCCCCCCCAAGCCUGGCCCGCUUCCAACCCCUGGAACAACCCGCCGAGCGCUCCCCCCGCGGCAAUGUCGGGGCUGCCUCCCAGCACGUCCACCUCCAACGUUCCUUUUGGACCCCCUCCCACGGGAAUGUACCCUUCCCUCCCCCCCGGAGCCCCUGCCCCCUUCCCACCUCCUGGGUCGGCUUGCCCCCCUCCCGGCACCCCUUACCCGCCCCCGGGCCCUGCCCCACCCGGCCAGUACCCUCCUCCAAACAUGUCCUUCCCAGAACUCCCCAGGCCCUACGGGGGCCCAGCAGAUCCGGCCGCGCCCCCUGCCGCCGCCGUCGGGCCGUGGGGGUCCAUGUCUGCCGGAGGAGGGUGGGGGCCCGCCGUGGGGGGCCAGUACCCUGCGCCUAGUGUGCCGUACCCACCCCCAGGGCCGUAUUCCACUCCCACCCAGGCACCGGGGGCCGCUCCUACAGUGCCGUGGGGCGCCGUCCCCCCUGGACCAUGGGGGCCUUCGCCACCAGCCCCAUUUCCCCCGCCUACAGGGUCCUAUCCGGCUCCAGGACUGUACCCAACGCCACCGAAUCCUUACCAAGUGCCACCUGCGCCCGCUGGAGCUCCGUCCAUGCCGGGGGGCCUUCAUCCUUACCGUUGAACUUGUGCCGGGCUGAUGAAGUGCAGACUCCUCGCCUACAACUGCUAUUUACAAGAGAAGUUAAACAUUUGUUUUCUGUAACCUUUUGGAGUCUCAAAAGAGCUCGCUCACCUUCUGCCUGCUCAUCUGAGGCACGGAGGAGGACUCUGCGUAAGCUGGACUCUGUUCAAAUGCUGAAGUAACCUUUUUGUUUGUCAGUGAAUUAGGAUAAAACGUGCCCCAGCUGCCCGAUCCUUGCUUGGGAGGUGAGGACCCCGCCUUGGAAUAUGCGGCUGUUUGCCCAGAGAGUUAGGACUGCUCCAGAAUAGUCCAGGAAUUUGAUGGAAGGCCUGGACCCAUUGCUGGACUUGUGUCUGUGUGUUCAGGUUAUUCAAGUCAAUUCAAUAAACUCGGUGUAUUCUGGAGAAAUUCUUGGACAGAUAGGCUAGACACAUUACGAGUCACUCAUCAAACUGAAAAGAAGCAAACCAUGUUAAUCUGGAGGCAGUUCUCAACAUCACAUUCAAUUUAUCUUAGCCAUGUUCUGGGAGAUAGUUGGCAGAGAUUUAGAUCUGACACUUGAUGUCUAGCCUCCAGGCAGCUGUGAACAUCGUCGCACCGCCCAAUUUAGGUGUUCGGGCAGUUCGGACAGAUCAUUCUAAGGGGCUAGUCUGCCAGCCGAAUUAGACUUCACUGUUUUCAUUAAGAGAAUGGAUUUUCCCUCUGAGAUGGUCCAUAUAUUAAAUCUAAGACUAGAACUACCAUUGGGUUGACUGAUGAGCCGUGAUAACUUUUUGGUUGUUUUUGUCCUUCAAAUGGAAUUAAAAUGUUUAUUGUAGUGAGGAGGCAGGAAUCCGACCAGAAUAAUCCUCUUCUUGCUUAGUGGCUCCAGAACCCAUGGUCCUUGCAUAACCGCUGCCCUCACUUGGGAACCGAUGGUGUCUAUUAUCAGAACUCCACAAAGCGCAGUUACACCUUCACCUGAGUGCUGUCAUCUUGUUCCCAAAUCAGAUGGCAGAGUCUAAUAUUGGAUUAAAUAGGAAGGUCGUUCUGCAGCGGGGGGUGUCUCCUGAAGUCUGUUCUCAGGCCGUCUUGGUUCAGCAAAGUAAAUUGUGUAUAGCCAACACCGGGCAGUGGUUGCAGCAGCAGUUUUAACUUGCCUGUGUGUGUACUUUCCCCUUCCAUUCUGGCUUCUCAGAGUUCGUCCCUAGGCUCGAGUAAACCUCUCCUUCAAACAGCCCCUGUAGGGAUGGCACCAUGCGCUCAUCUGGUUGCUGUUGCCGUCAGCAGUGUUGCAGGACAGGGCAGCCUUGCCAGUAAAUCCACAGUUUAGUUGCCUGCAAAACCAGCUGUGUUGUCUGUUUGACAAACCUCCGCCUGCUCAUCCAAAGGCAGUUCUUAACUCUUCAUCGGCAAGUGACCAUUUAGAAGCCAUCUGCGGGAAAUGGCUCCGCAGGAGGGCACCCUGUGGCUCAUCGGUGUCUAACCCCUGAGAAUUGCAAGGCUGGGUAGAGUAGAGAUGAGGAUGGAGAUGUUCUUCUCUAGCGGCUGCCAAAGAAAAAAUA